CAAGCUGGCCUUUGUUACGAUGUUCAUGUCGCAAGAUGCUCUAGACUGACAAAUCAUCUUUAGUCCGAAGUGACUUAAUAUCCGUUUCCUCUAAGCAUCGUUAUUAACAUCGUCAUUGAAAGAUGGCGAGGAGGACCGACCCGGGUCAGCUGGUCAUUGAAGAGAUCAACAUUCCUCGAAAGUUUCAUAGCCAAUUCGCAAAUGACGCUGAGUUUGGCCAAAAGCUAGUCUCAUACUUACAAAGUGUAUCUGGCGGACUCAUAGUGGAAAUACUGGACCAGUGUUCAACUCGACGCAGCAAUCAAUGUUAUUCUGCGCUGCACUCGUGUCCGGUUGACACCUAUCCUAGUAAUAGGCUUCAGGAAAAUCACCUUAGCCAGAGCCUUAAUUCAACUAACAACGUCGGAAAUCUUUCACCACCAUCAUCAUCAACAGCGCCGUCGACUCCACGGUCAACGUCCCUUCACAAAGCUGAACCAUCUUCUUCGGCGGGCGUGUUGCCAAGUUUCAACAACGUUUUAUGCCAAUCGUCUUGUUUAUUCAAUCACGUCAGCAAUAACAGCUGUCGUGACAACUACCACAAGAGAAGUUAUUCAAUAGGACCUAGCAGUAAUGAAGCCGGUAAACUGAGGCAAUCUUGUGAAGCGGCAACGACACCCAGCUUUGUUGCGAUGACAACAUUCCCACCAAAUUCAACGCCAAUAGAUGUUAGACAGCCAACAAUUUACAGUAGUCGUUCUUCACAACAGCAGUUUUCAAUCCCCGAGCAACAAACUCUGACCGUUGCUGCUAGGCCCGAAGAAAUCGUGGCUAAUGAUAGCAGAAGGGUUGACUAUCGCCAAGUAAUUUUUCGGGUUUCCGGCACUCAGGAACAGGUGGAUAUUGUUCGGGAGGAACUCAACAAAUGUCUGCAAAGUGGAAUCCCUACUGAAAGCCGGGUAAUGCUCAAAAUGGAUGUGUCAUUUUCGGAUCAUUCGUUCAUCAUCGGCCGCAUGGGUAGAGGAAGUCAGAGUAUAAUGCGUGCCACUGGAUGCCAUGUACACUUCCCUGAUUCAAAUAAAAAUAACCAUUCUGAAAAGAGCAACCAGGUAUCCGUAACGGGUCCGUCAGCCGGUGUUCUUGCAGCACGCCAGAAGAUCCGUGAACGGCUCCCGAUCUCCUUGGCGUUUGUAGUCGAGCAAGAUGACUACAGAAAGGUUGUCGAUUGGUCUGAGUCAUCAGACGGAAGAACACUGGACUUGAAGCCAAGCUUCAAACAAGGAAUUGAGGCCCUUCAAAACGAAUUUAGUAUGACCAUAAUCUGGCUACCAAUGGAGGAAUUUUGCGCGGUCGUGACCGUUCGUGGGCGUCGAACCAAUUUUGAGCGAAUCCGUGAAGGGUUCCGGCAGUUGGCUGCAUUUUUGCUACCUAACAAACCAACUCCCAUCGUACAUUUGGGCAUCGAGGUGUCACCCCAACAUCUGGGUUUUGUGCUUGGCACUGAAGAAACUAAAGCCCAAGCACUAAUGCAUGCGACCAACACUCGGCUCACAGUGGGCGGUUUCCGGUCAGAUACCUCGCACCAUAUACCCACAGUGCGCAUCUUUGGUGAAAUUGAUAACGUUUACCAUGCAUGGUUGUCAUUCAUGGACUCACUACCUGUUGUAUUGUGUUUUGACGUACUAAACACGUCGAAUAACUGCUGUGCACGCGGUGAAGGUCGUCAUGCCAGUGAAGAAGGCUGUAUUGGAGAGACUCUGCCAAGUCAGGCCACAACAUGUCCUCACUUGCCUCACGGUGUAGAAACCAGUCGUCAGGAACAGUUUCCUACGGAGCCUGUCACCUUGAAUGAGCUAGUGCAGCUUCGAGAAAUGGGAGUCGUUUCGUCUGAUUCACUGACAGCGAUCCUCUCUUCUGCUGUAGAAGAGAAUGGAAGCACUGUAGUUCGUUCUCCAGGAUUUCAUUAUGUAAUGACUAUCGCGACGACGCUAAAUUCGAUUUUAUCUUGCUACGAGAUAUCGCUUACGUUACGUUUUGCUCGGGAUUUGCGUCAUUGGAAGAUAGCUGCUAAAGGCCCGGAAAAAUACUUGGACCUUCUGAUGGAGAUUCACCGCGCUAUUACAAAUACAGGCAAUCACAAUCCUGUGCAGCUGGUGUGCAGAGCGCUCCAAGCCACAGACCCGCCACCCACCAGUUUCCCGUUCGCUAACGCUUCUUUGAAGCCGUCGAGUAUGUUCACAGUGUUGACGCCAGCUGCUACACGACAACGCUUUUCAGGAUGCCAACCUGGGUGUGCGCCUUGUGGAGCAUUGGACGAGCAAGAAACCUGCGAAAUGUUCGCUACCCUUCUCAAUAUUAGUGGAGAGUUAAGAAAAAACGAUCAUCAAUUGGGAGAUUAUAGGAUUCCGCCAGCGGACUCUUCUACACCGUCUCAUAUUGCUAUGUGGUCGCAGGUUCUCGAAAACAAACACUGAGUGACAAUGAAGGUGAAUAUCUGCUAGUGGAGUCAAAAUGAUGCGUCCGUACGAAGCCGACUGACAAGGACACAAGGUCGUCCAGAACUGUCCAAGACGUAUUGCCGAUGGAACCUGUUCUUUAAGGAGGCAACGAAUAACGUUUGAAUAAGACCGCGGUGCAGUGACUGGAAAAAGCCGCAGAGGCCGAUACUCCAAGUGAGCUUGCUUCAACAAAUGUUAGUUCGUGUCAUGCGUUGAAUGUAUCUCAGAAGACACUGGAUCAACACUGUAUCCUAGCCAAUGCACAAGGAUCAUGCGAGCUUAUACCGUGCACCAAAUUAAGUUAAUUGCGUACGGUUUGUAACGGGACUGAUUGCAAACGUACCGGAUUGUUGACAUCUCUGCCAGAAUAUAAGAAAAGUUAGGUGGUGGCUUUCUUAGCACGGCAUGGUCAGUUUUUUUUGUGGUAACUUAAAAACGUACUCUUUGCACGUGCAACGAGCUUAAACACCGGUCCGGUCAGAAUCUUCUUCAAUAACCUCAAGACAUUGGUGGAGUCAAACAGUUUGACCAUGUCUUUAAGUUAAAUGAGGUGUUCCUUCCUACGCUAAUCCGUGUUCGAAAAGCGCCUAAAUUGAAUGAACUCGUUGUUCAAGAAAAAUAGCAAGAACGUGGAAUCCUUCGUCUUUGUGUUUGCAAAUGGAAACAAUGAUUAUUUACUUAUAUCGUUGACUCCAAGAAACACACGCUAAUGAAUGUACCUGUGGUAGACUUAAAGUUUUACAAACCCGUUUGGAUAGAUCACAAACGAAGUAUUCGACGACUGCCUUAAGCAGUUCAUGACGGUCUUCGAAUAUUCCCUACAAAAGCGAUCUUUGCUAAUCGUGGCUAACCAUGAGACCCAUAGAGGCAUUGUUGUGAUCAAGUUGACUGUGGGAAACAGCACCCAUAUUGUUCCUCGUCGUGUGUAAAUUCGGAUCAUCCGGAACUUGAUUUUCGUAAGGAUUAAGAAAAGGACAGGUGCGUUUUCCCAAAACGAAGCCGUAUUUACAGAUGAAGACUAAAGAGAUAGAGUGGGAAAUUCAAGAGCCAGACGUGUGGCAUAUCCUUCAUGCGUUGCUGAUGACAUUGAUUUGAGGGAGGCUACAGAUGCUACUGUCGUUAUUUUUAAACAAAUGCAAUAUACAAUAGUUACUAGUUGAGCUAAGCAAAAUGAAGUAACAACUGCCCCAGACAACAUUCAAGUAAUCGUGGCGCAUACUGUUGAUGUCAAAGUUGUGUUUACGUUGAUGCAUCGACGAUUAUAAGUUAAAUUUGUUUGGAUAUAUAUCUUUAAAAUUGAAAUUUUCGGCCAGAUUUUUCCAUAUGUGGGUGUAUGGCCCAAAACAAUUCUAGUACAAUCACAAAAUCCCAAUAUAAUAAGUGAUUUACCCUGUAUAGCAUUUAUGAUCUGCGUGAACCGCUUAAAAUGGUAGUUUUAUUGCUGAUAUAUACAAAAAGUACUCUACGUUAAUUCGGUAACUAUUUCCGUUUCAAAAAUGAAUGUCGAACAUUAAAAACCAUCAACAAUGGUGUCAUAACAUGCUUAAGAUAUGUUUCGGUAGUUGAAAAGCAAAAUGAUAUGAAUAGAUCCAAUGUAGCUAUGCCCUUUUAGUUGAUUGCUAUUUAUAACUAUUUGUUUUCUGCGUGCGAUAGUCGCUGAUAAAUAAGCAGAACUAUUUUAAUGUAAAAUAAAUUAUCUCGAUCUUCAUAUGACUCAA